AUGGCUCACUACAUUAGUAAUUCCAAAAUUUCAAUGGACCAUGGUGGUGUGUGGAUAUUGAAAGAUGCCACAUAUAUUCCAAAAUUGAAGAAGAAUUCAAUUUCUCUAGGUACUCUACAAACAAAUGGUUUCUCCUACCUGUCUAAUGGAUAUAAAAACAUUAUGAAGAUUAACCAGGGUGUCAUGAAUGGAUUUAGGGUCCGGAGCACAUCUUCAAUAUCGAUUUCUAACACGACAAUGACGGAAGUGGAGGCGAACGGCGACGGCGAAGCCGGUGUUCCACCGCCGAAGUUGGAAACACAAGAUUCCACUGAAAACAACGGAAACUCCUCAGAGCCAGUACUGUCGAAGAGCGCACUGAAGAAACAAGCGAGGCAACAGAGAUGGGAGGUAAAAAUGGCAGCGAAGAAAGCAGCGGCCAAGGAACAGAAGAAGAAGGAAACCGAACGAAAACGGAAGGAGUGGGAAGAAAGCCUCGCCAGUAUGCCGGAGGAUGAAAGAACGAAAUUCAUCGAAUCACGGAUUAGUCUCCGUAAGGAGAGAAUGGAACAGCAAACAUUGGAGAAAAAUAGCAAGAAAGAGAGACUCAAUAAGAGUAAAGAACAUGGACAAAACGUUGUAAUUGAUCUUCAGUUCUCGCAUCUCAUGACUCCUUCAGAAAUUCGCAGUCUCGUUCAACAGAUAAUGUUUUGCUAUGCGGUGAAUGGAAGGUAUGAGUCCCCUGCACAUCUUUGGCUAACAGGCUGCGAAGGAGAGAUGGAUGAUCAAUUGAAAAAGAUACAGGGAUUUGAUAAGUGGAUAAUUGAGAAGGAAAAUAAGCCUUAUAUUGAAGCAUUGCAAGAUCGUAAGGAUGAUUUGGUGUAUCUAACGGCUGAUUCAGAGACUGUUCUUGAAGAGCUUGAUUUGAAAAAGAUAUAUAUAAUUGGCGGGUUAGUGGAUAGGAAUAGGUGGAAAGGGAUAACUAUGGAGAAAGCACAAGAGCAAGGAAUUCAAACGGCUAAACUUCCUAUUGCUAAUUUCAUGAAGAUGUCUAGUUCUCAGGUUCUUACUGUGAAUCAAGUUGUAGAAAUACUACUCAAGUUCAUUGAGACAAGAGACUGGAAAACUUCUUUCUUUGCGGUUAUCCCUCAGAGGAAAAGAUCUCAAGCUGAUCCAGAAGGAAAUGCAGGUAAUACUGUAGUGGAAGAAGAAGAAGAGGAAGAAGAGCGUGAACUAAAAGAUGAUCCAUUGACUAGUAAAAAGCAUUGUGUUGAGGAGAUCCCUUCUAACAAACUUGUUGAUCGCCUGUAG